AUAAGCCACUUCGACUGGAAGUACAUAUAAAACGGAUGCUCCAGAAGAGGGAUGAGCUGAGUUAGUGGUGUAGAGGUUCAUAAGUUAGUGUAGCAAAAGCCCCCGACAAAAUUAUGCGAGCGAUCGUACUCGUUACCCUGGCCUUGGUGGUCAUGACCGCCACGGCUGCUUCCGUUUCCCGCCGGGUUCCCAACAAGGAACUGAGCCGUACCCUGAUGCAGCAGGUCAUGACCAAGCGGUUCUCGUCGACCAAACCUGCCGUUGACGACCCCGCCAAGCGAAUCGUGAUCGAGAACUUCUUCACGACCCGUGUCGAUCACUUCAACUCGCAGAACACGGCCGAGUGGACCUUGCGGUACUUUGCCGUCACCGAUUACUACAUGCCCGGAGGACCAAUCCUGAUCUUCCUCGGGGGUAACCAACCAAUUCUUACCUCGAUGGUUGAUGAAUCGACCCUGAUCUAUGACAUGGCCCGGGAGAUGAACGGCGCCGUCUAUGCUUUCGAAUCUCGUUUCUACGGCCAGAGCUUUGUCACGGAGGACGCAAGCACCGAAAACUUGAGCCUCUUGAACACCGACCAGAUUCUGGCUGAUCUGGCUGAGUUCGUCCAAUACUUGAAGCGAGAUGUCUUGAAGAACCCGAAUGCCCCCGUUAUGGUUUCCGGCAGCGAAUACGGAGGAGCGUUGGCCACAUGGUUCCGCGUCCGUUAUCCCCAUCUGGCCCAGGCAGCCUGGUCCUCCAGCGGAUACCACCAUGCUCUGAUGGACUUCCAGGAGUUCUCCGAAGCCUGGGGACAGACCUUGAUCGAUCAUGGUAGCCAGGAAUGCUACAACGACAUCUUUGUCGCUUUCCACGUCAUGCAGAACCUGAUUGAUAUUGGUUUGGGAGAUAUUCUGUACGACAAGUUCAACAUCUGUUCGCCCAUCGAUCCGGAAAACCGCAUCCAGGUGAUGUACUUCUUCAGCGUUCUGAUGACCGCCGUUGAAAUUUACACGCUGCGUAACCAUGAUCUCAACGAUUUCGCUGAUGUCUGCCAAGACAUCACCGAUGACGAUUUCCCAACUGCUUUGGAUGCCUUUGCCAAUUGGUUCAACACCAAGUUCGCCGAAGACAUCGGUUGCGUAGUGACUGACGUUGAUACCAUGGUUGAGGCCUUCAGCCAACCCGCUUGGGAUGAUGCUUUCACCAUGAUGGGUGCCCGUCAGGCCCUGUACCAGAUGUGCAACGAGUUCGGAUGGUUCUUCACGACGGAUUCGGACUUCCAGCCGUUCGGUAGCCGUGUCUACUUGGAGCUGUACUCGGAAACGUGCCGUAUGGUGUUCGGCGAUUGGAUCAGCUACGAGUCGAUCUAUUAUGCUACGCAGCGUGCCAACAAUCGGUUCGGUGGUAACGAUCCCAGAAUCACCGAGGUGCACUUCACCAACGGAGCCGAAGAUCCGUGGCGUAUGAUUAGUAUCACCAGCGACCGCAACGCUUUGGCUUUGGCCGAUGUGAUCCCGAGGGAACUGAGCAGUUCGGAUCUGCCAGCCAUCUCUGAGAACGAUUCCGAGGAACUACAGGAGGUGAAGCGUCGAGUGAAGGCAUUGAUGAGCACUUACCUGUAUCCGGCUAGCCCUCGUAAAAUGGCCAAGUCGGAAGAAGUUGUUGCUUAAAAUUGUAAUGUUUGUAGAUAAAAUAAAGAUGAACCCUUCGUGAAUUUAGGUUUUU